AUGAUCUUCGAUCCCAAGCCCUUAGACCUACCAGCCUCAUACGAGACCCUCCCAACAUCGGGCCAUGUCAUCGUCAAGCACCAUCCCCCCGGUGCCCCAACAGUAACUCCCGUGGUUGUGGUCACGCUCAAUCGCCCCAAGAACCAAAAUGCAUUCACUGGGCAAAUGGUCUUCGAUUUCGAAAAGCUUUUCGGCCUAUUUGACGUCGAUGAACGUGUCAAAGUAAUCGUGCUGACUGGCGCGGGCAAGACCUUCUGUGCUGGUGCAGAUUUGGACAUUGGAUUCCAGAGCAAUGGGACCAAGGAGAGACAAGCAGAUCAUCGUGAUGGUGGCGGACGCGUUUCACUCGCCAUUCAUCAUUGCCGCAAGCCCACCAUCGCAGCGAUGCAAGGCUCCGCCGUCGGAGUGGGCAUGACCAUGACUCUUCCUACCAUCAUACGUAUUGCAUACGAGAAAGGAAAAUACGGAUUUGUAUUCGGACGUCGCGGUAUCACAAUGGAAGCAUGCUCAUCCUUUUUCUUGCCGCGUAUAGUCGGCCACUCCAACGCAAGCUACCUUGUCAGCACCGGAGGCGUGUUCCCACCUACGGCAAAACACUUUGGGGAUUUGUUCAAUGAGAUCAUGCCAGAGGCGUCCCAGGUACUGCCUCGAGCUCUCGAGCUAGCUACUGAAAUUGCCGAGAAUGUCAGCCCGACUGCGUCGUAUCUUAACCGAGCACUGAUGUGGCGAAAUAAUGAUUCGCCGGAGGCUGCCCACUUGGUGGAAUCGAAGACGAUUCACCAUAUGUUUGCAUCUGCGGACCAAAAGGAAGGCGUUACAGCAUUCUUUGAGAAGCGUAAACCCAACUUCCGAGCCAAUCUGGAUGAUGAUGUGCCUGCGCAUGUGCCUUGGUGGUCCCAGGUCGAUACCGGGCGGAUUGCCAAGGCUAACACGACCUCGAAGCUGUAA